AUGGCGGCUAAAUCUAUGCUAGUACAUUCUUCCUCACCUAACACCUACUCUUCCUUGAACUCUAAAUCAAGUUUGAUUCAUUUAAGAAAAACCCAGUUGAGAUUCGAGCCUAGUAUCCUAUCAGAGCCUAUCCAAUGGGCCGAAAGAGAGCAAUCGAAGGAGAAGAUAUUGAAGCGAAGAGGAGGGUCAGGGUCAGUUAUGGUGAGGUGCACGGCAGAGGGUAUAGAGAGAGGAAUGCUAAUGGGAGGUGGGAGAGGAAGAGAGGCAGCAGCAACAGCAGAUACAAGUACUAAAAUAUUGGACAUUCCUGAGAGGUUCAAGGUUGUGGCUUUAGUGGCAUGUGUUAUGUGCUUGUGUAAUGCUGAUCGUGUUGUCAUGUCUGUUGCUGUGGUUCCACUUGCUUCCAAAUUUGGCUGGUCCAGUUCUUUCUUGGGCAUAGUCCAGUCAUCCUUUCUAUGGGGAUACAUAUUCUCAUCAGUCAUAGGAGGAGCUUUGGUGGACAAAUAUGGAGGAAAAAGAGUGAUGGCAUGGGGUGUGGCCUUGUGGUCUUUGGCCACCCUACUCACUCCAUGGGCUGCUAACCACUCCACCGUCGCCCUCUUGGCUGCUCGAGCAUUUUUCGGACUUGCCGAGGGUGUUGCUUUGCCUUGCAUGAGCACCCUUGCAUCAAGGUGGUUUCCAAGCCAUGAACGAGCAAGUGCAGUUGGAAUUUCAAUGGCUGGAUUUCAUCUUGGCAAUGUCGUAGGCUUGUUGUUAACUCCAAUUAUGCUGUCAACAAUUGGGAUUUCUGGCCCUUUUAUUCUCUUCUCGUCUCUUGGGCUACUAUGGCUCACAAGAUGGGCAAAUGGGGUCACCAGUGAUCCAAAAGAUAGUCCUUUUGUUAGCAAAUCAGAGUUGAGGUCAAUCCAAGCUGGUAAAACCGAUUCUCCAGCAAACAACGGCCAGCUUCCACCACUACGUCUCCUAUUAUCUAAAGCUCCAUCGUGGGCUAUUAUUUUUGCUAAUGUAACGAACAAUUGGGGAUAUUUUGUUCUUCUCUCCUGGAUGCCUAUAUAUUUCAAUACUGUAUUUAAUGUGAACUUGAAGCAAGCGGCUUGGUUUAGCGCUGUUCCAUGGGCAACCAUGGCAUUUUCUGGUUAUGUUGCAGGAGCAUUAUCCGAUUCAUUGAUUAAGGCUGGCUACUCUUUGACAAUAGUCCGAAAGAUCAUGCAGACAAUUGGAUUUAUUGGACCUGGUGUCUCAUUGCUCUGCUUAAAUUAUGCCAAGACACCAGUGGAUGCAGCUGUACUAAUGACGAUAGCACUGAGCUUGAGCUCUUUCAGCCAAGCUGGAUUUCUUCUCAACAUGCACGAUAUCGCACCACAGUAUGCUGGAUUUCUCCAUGGAAUUGCAAAUUCAGCUGGGACAUUAGCAGCAAUAAUCAGCACGAUUGGAACAGGUUAUUUUGUUCAGUGGAGCUUAGAAGAGUUUUGGUCUUUCUAUGUGACUCAGCAUUCAAAACCAUGGACAAGACGUUGGCAUUUUGUGGGCACACUUGCAAGUAUACUGUUAUUGCUGUACUCUGUUGUUUUCAACUGGUGGUUUCUGUUCUUUGUACCAUCCGUUGGGUAUGGAUUCGCUUGGUACAGCCAUUUCUUUGUGGAAAGGAAUGUUCCUGCAACAUUUGGGCAUCCCGUUUGGUCUUUUCUAUGUGAUUUCAAGAUGUUUGGAUUGAUGCUCACCGGUCAGAUGGAUAGAGAGAUCAAGAGGCUAGGAAAGAGGCCUGUUUUGCAGGGAUAUUGA